UUCGCCUUGGCCAAGACUCUUUCUUUCCUGCAAGGCGUGUCGCCGCGCCCCGGCGCUCUCUUUUGCCUUUCCACCAGGGGGACCGAGCCGGAUUCGCGGAGGCGACCUCUCCUUCUUUGAAGUUUUUCCUCUUCAACACGCCUGAUUCAAGGAGAAGAGCUCCGGCUGGCGUCUCAAGGAAAGACGACCCAGCCAUCUCCUCCUCCGUACGCGGUCGCCUGAGAAAGAACCGGCGAGGGCGCCGCCGGCUGAGCAGGCCGACCGGCUCGCGUGAAACCUCCUUGCCCAGCAGCCGAAAGCACCCCGGUUCCCCGAGCUCCAUCAUGACUGCCCCUGCUGGGACGCUAGCAGAGAUGCCCAGACAAUUCCCAAAGUUAAAUAUGUCUGAAGUUGACGAGUCAGUGCGAAUCUUAGCUGAAAAGGUUUUUGCCAAGGUUCUUCGAGAAGAAGAUAGCAAAGAUGCCUUGUCACUUUUCACUGUGCCUGAAGAUUGUCCAAUUGGGCAACAAGAGGCCAAAGAAAGAGAACUUCAGAAGGAAUUGGCAGAACAGCAGUCUUUGGAAACUACCAAAAGGAAGAAAAGUUUCAAGAUGAUUCGAUCCCAGUCCUUGUCAUUACAAAUUCCAUUGCAAGACUGGAAGCCUCCAUCAGCUACUCCAGCUGUGUCUCCUCCUACUCCAGUUCUUCCAGGUGCCUUUCAACCUAUCCAAGGGACAUACGAUGUUCCAGAAUUUCAAAGAGUUACAAUUAGUGGGGAUUACUGUGCUGGGGUUACAGUUGAUGAUUAUGAACAAGCUGCCAGAAAUUUAGCAAAAGCUUUACUUAUUCGAGAGAAGUAUUGCCGCUUUGCUUACCAUCGUUUUCCAAGGACGACGGCACAAUAUUUAUGCAGUAUGAAAAAUGAAAAAUGGAAAACUGAAGAUGAAGUACUCCCAGAUUUCCAUCCACCACCAAAAGAACUGCAGGAUCCUUAUAAUCUUGAUGAUUCUCCAGGGAACUUGGACUAUCUUGUAAAGAUGAAGGAUGGUAUCUUCUUAGUUUUUGAAAACAAAGACAUGAUGGAACUUAAUGAACCACGAAGUUUGCCUUAUCCUGAUCGGCAGACCUACACCCUUGACCUCAGCCAUGUGUUGGCUCUUAUUGCCGAUGGCCCAACGAAAACAUAUUGCCACAAGCGGCUUAACUUUCUAGGAUCUAAGUUUGGUUUACAUGAAAUGCUAAAUGAGAUGUCUGAACUCAAAGAACUGAAGAUUAACCCUCAUCGAGAUUUUUAUAAUGUAAGAAAGGUUGAUACCCACAUCCACGCUGCUGCUUGCAUGAAUCAGAAGCAUCUGCUGAGGUUCAUUAAGCACACUUAUCAAACUGAACCCAACAGGAUAGUUGGGGAAAGAAAAGACAAGAAGCUGACUUUGAAGCAGGUGUUUGAAAGCCUACACAUGGAUCCCUAUGACCUCACUGUAGACUCACUAGAUGUCCACGCAGAUCGCCAGACAUUUCACCGGUUUGAUAAAUUUAACUCCAAAUAUAAUCCAGUUGGUGCAAGUGAGUUGAGGGACUUAUACUUGAAAACAGAAAACUAUCUCGGUGGUGAAUAUUUUGCUCGGAUGGUGAAGGAAGUUGCCCGUGAACUAGAAGAAAGUAAAUACCAGUAUACAGAACCUCGGCUGUCUAUUUAUGGGCGUUCUGCAGAUGAGUGGCAGAAUUUGGCUAAAUGGUUCAUAAGGCACAAAGUUUAUUCACCUCACAUGCGCUGGAUUAUUCAGGUCCCAAGAAUCUAUGAUAUAUUUAGGGCAAAAAACAUUCUGCCUAACUUUGGGAAAAUGCUGGAAAACAUAUUUUUACCUCUGUUUGAAGCAACCAUCAAACCCUUGGAUCAUAAAGAAUUACAUCUUUUUCUUAAAUUCGUGACAGGGUUUGAUAGUGUGGAUGAUGAAUCAAAACAUAGUGAUCACAUGUUCUCUGAAAGGAGCCCCCAUCCUGAUUCUUGGAUUAGUGAAAAAAAUCCUCCAUAUAGCUAUUAUUUGUAUUAUAUGUAUGCAAACAUCAUGGUUCUCAACAACCUUAGAAAGGAGAGAGGCAUGAGCACCUUCUUGUUUCGACCUCAUUGUGGAGAAGCUGGAUCAAUAACUCACCUGGUGUCCUCCUUUUUAACUGCAGACAAUAUUUCCCAUGGAUUGCUCCUGAAGAAGAGUCCAGUUCUCCAGUAUCUUUAUUAUCUUGCACAAAUCCCCAUUGCCAUGUCUCCUCUUAGCAACAACAGCUUAUUCCUGGAGUAUUCAAAAAACCCACUGCGAGAAUUCUUGCACAAGGGACUGCGUGUUUCUCUGUCCACAGAUGACCCCAUGCAAUUCCACUAUACCAAGGAAGCACUGAUGGAGGAAUAUGCCAUAGCAGCCCAAGUAUGGAAACUGAGUACUUGUGACCUAUGUGAAAUUGCAAGAAACAGUGUACUACAAAGCGGCUUGUCACACAAGGAAAAACAGAAAUGCAUAGCUCUAAAUUACUGUGCUGAAGGACCAGAAGGAAAUGAUAUUAGAAAGACAAACGUUGCACAAAUUCGAAUGGCUUACAGAUAUGAAACUUUAUGCAAUGAACUGAGUUUUCUGUCUGAUGCGAUGAAGACAGAAGAGAUCACAGCACUGUCAAAAUAGCCACAACCAACAAGUCUGAACAAAAGAGAGAAUGUGAGCUUUUGCAGGACAGAAAGUCAUCUGAUCAUCAGAAUUCUUAGGUUACACCAGAAUCGCUGCAAAACCAGUUUCUGCAAGUGCUUACCUUAAAUAGGACUACUGUAGAUGCCAAGAUGCAGGCUUCUAGCUAUGUUGUUUAUGCAUUUAAAAGUACAUUCUAACUCUAGUCAUUAUAGGUUUGCAAUGCAUCUCAAGAUACAUAACAUUCUGCUUUGAAAAAAGGGACAUAGAACAAUAGCUUUUGGUAGCACACAUGGACCAGUUUUCUCACAAUGUUUCUCAUAUUGGAUUGAUGGCACUUUAAACAUGGACUUCUGUUUAGAUUUCAGGUGUCUGAUUGUACACAGUACUGUAGUGUCCGUUAGUUAACGAAGUCCAUCCUGGAUUUAGAAACUAAAAUCUAAUAUAACCAAAGAUCAGCACAUCGCUCAUAGAUAUUCAGUGGACAUAUAAAUACUUGGCUUUUCCAGAUGGGUCCUUUAAUUGAAGAGUAAUUUGAUAUGGUAACUUCCUAAGGCAUCCAGGUAUAAGGCAGAUACCUGAAAAAUGCAAAUCAGAUGUUGAUGUAUCCACCAGGAUUUGCUACAUGAUACAGUGGAGCUUUUUCAGCAGUUCCAUAUCAACAUUCCACUUUAUUCACCAUUAUGAGACUUGUUCCACACCUUUUUUUUUCAAUAUAGAUGAUUAAGAACUUUCUUACCUAUGUAUUAGGAGGCAUAUUUACUUGCUAAUAUGCAUUCAUGCAUUUAAGAAUACCAACAUUGGCUAAAUUCACAUUUUUUAAAAUUUUACUGAGGUUUGUUUUAAAAAUUGUUUGUUGAAUAAGCCACAGUGACUUUGACAUACAGCACUAAAUUUUAAAGCACGGUUUAUACUUGCAUCAGCAAGAUUAAUUAAUCUUGUUAACCAAAACCAAACCAAUCAUAAUUUGGUAUAAUGUGAGGUGUGGAAGCUGAUAUAACAGAAAGCUGACAUAUGCAUAGACUUAACUUGCAUUUUGUAGUUUGUAUGAAAUGCACUAAAAAUGAGAUGUUUGAUAGCUUAAUAUGCCAUGUAGUGUAAGGAGUAGAUUUCGUUGCUACUUCAUUACUAUGAUGUAAAAGUGUGGGAACUGGAAUUUAAUGAUUUAUCAACUGCUGUAGGUAGUGUUAAAAUUUUUAUAUGGAGUUUAUUUUGAAAAUGCAAACUUGAAAAUGAACUAUUAGAGGCAGUUUUGAGUUCUGGAAAGCAAUUAUAUUUAAUUACUGUUGAUGGUGGUAGUUACCUGUUAGACUUUUGAAAUACAGUAAUAAUUCUAAAAAGGGAAGAUAGAAAGUAAAAUUUGUCACGAAUUCUGAACUUCUUAGGAAAAAAAAGGAGGGGUAACAAAUUUCUCUCUGUGCACUUAUGCUUUUUCUAAUUUAUUUUCUAAUUUAAGUAUUACUAUAGAGUGGAAAAAAGUUGUACAUGUUUUAAUGCAAACUGGUUGGGAAGAUAUUUCAAUUCCAUAAGUGCAGUUAUUUUCAUUUUUUUCUAUCCAGAAGAAUGACUAUCCUAUUCAGGUUUACUUCAUAUCUGUCCAAAUUUAGCUCUCCCAAUACAAUAAAUGCAAUUUGUUCACAGAAGCAAGGGCACAGGAACCUUUCCACAAAAUAAUUAUAAAGGCGGCUCCUGUAUUUGGAACUUAGCAUUCUAUUCUGGGAUACUGUAGCAGAUGAAUUGAUACUAUCAGCUUUGACCAAAGAUGACCAUAACAAAUUACAUCUUUAUCUUCAUUGGCUAAUAACAAUUUCAGAACUUGUAGCCUAGUUUAUUAAUGCUUGACAGAUAAUCUAAAUUUCAUUUCACUUGAAAAGCAAUCUAUUUUGGUACUAGAAAAUCUCCAUUAUGAAAUUAAAGAACACAUUGAAAGUUUUAGUUUCCUUUAGUACUUCUGAUUUUUCCUUUUAUACUAUUAUUCACAUUAAAUUGAACAUUUUUAAAUGUAUUGCAAUCACCGGUUACUUUUUUUCCUUCUCACAAAUUAACUGGAGUUUGUGGAGCAGAAAGCGCAAGCUUUUCAAAAAAGGAAACCUUGGAUUCCAUAUUGUUUUUGUUUUACAAUUUUUAAAAAAAAACCACCGCUCUAAUAAAAAGCAUUUUAAAGCACACUCACUAUGACAAAGUAUUAGGCAACUGUAAUGCUUGUACAACAGGAAAGGCUAGUCCUAACCACACAGCAAUCCUGUGUUUUCAGUAUGCCAAGCCCUACAGCUGGCAAAUUCUCCAGUAUCUGCUCUGGGCAUGGACAGUUGCUUUGGAAGCUGUUCAAUCUGUCUUCAUUUUUUUACCUGCACAACUAAUUCAAAUAAAACACAGGUUCUGUGUAUGCACAUUUAUGUAAAGUUAGCUAAGAGCAAUUAUGAAUAACAUGUGGAAAAGACAUAGCUGCUUUAAUAAGUCGAGGUGUCAUGCUCAGUAGGAGUUCCUGGAUAUUUAGAAAUGGCUUAUUUGCAAAUUCUAGUGAGCACGAAGUGAUUUUAACAACUUCAAAACCAGAUAUGGUUUCUACCAUUCUUAUUGAGAUGUAUGAGAUUAAUGAGCUUUAAAGUAAAUUCUACUGAAUUUGCAAGGGUUUAAAAUUGCACUAUUAUUGCAAGUUCUUGAAAUAUUUUGGUAAGUUUUAUUUCAUAAUUAAGGUACCUUCUUCCUUGAAUUAUCACUGAAGGCCAGAUAUUUUCUUGAAGGGAAUUGCCGAUUAUAUAUUUUUUGAUGGCUUAGACUUUAUGGGUGAAAGUUUAGCUGUCAAUUAUGUUUACUUGCAUUAAUUAUUUUAUAUAAUUAAAAUAAUUGUAUUGUUUCUACAUAGAACUUUUGGAUGCUAGAAUGCUAACAUGACCUGAUUAGCAUUCAAAGAAAUCCUUGCUAGUUUAAGAGGGAUUAUGGGAAUUAAUGUCCAAUUUAAGAAAAAUGGUUCAAGUUAUACAUGUACAGUAUGUAUUUUGUUGUCUAAAAUAUUCAGAGAUAUGUAUAGCAUGAAGAAGCUUAAUAAAUGGAAAUGUUAAAACAUUUAUAAAUAUAUUCAUUGAUGUUUGUCCUAUUCUAUAAUCCUAAAUGAGGUCAAUUUUGACUGACUAUUACUGUCAUACCUAUUACUGCAUUACAAGUAUGACGCUCACUAACCCACAAAUUCUAUGUAGGACAAAGAUUAAAAAAAACCCCAAUACAACUGUCAGGAAUAUAGUGUGAGUAGUAAUUUUCUGGUUAGCCAUGUAGUUAGCUGCUGCUUUCAAUUUUCCAUUUCUAAUCAUCCAGUAACCAGGAAAACUAGUCCCUGCUACUAGAAAAACUAGGUGGGGGAACAAGGCAAUUCUGUCAUAAGCCCCAAAACAGGCCCAAAACCACCCCCAAAACAGCAUAGACUUCAUUCUAAGUCAGAAUAAACCCACCCACCCCCAAAUAUAGAAACUCGUGUCUCAAAGCACAUUUUGUUUCAAGGUCAAAAUAAACUAAAUACAAGGUCAAAAUGAUCUGCAUAUCUCUGGUUAGGAAUAU